UCCAGAAAAAAAGUUAUGCCAUGCGAUCCCAAUUGACCUGCCCCUCCGUUCUUUAACACAUACUACCCCAAUCUUUCAGCCGUUCUAUGCCGUCAAGAUGUCGAGGCGCCGCCAGAAUCAACAAGAUGAAUUGUUCUCUGACGAGGGCUCAUUUGCCAACUUUGACGACGAAGUCCUGUCCAGUUCCGACGACGACGACGACGACGAUGACGAGGAUGAUCUCGCCCAGAAGAGGAGAGCUGCCCUUCUCGACAAAGAUUCUGACGAGGAGGAGCUGGAGCGCUUUGUACUAGGGAGCAAGGAGACAUUUCGCCAGCAGCUGUUCCGCGACGACUUCCUCCCCGCCGUCACAGACGCAAAGGCACUCGUCAAAACGGCCGCCGAAGAUGAGGACGCCACAGGCCACGAGCACGUCUCCGAUUCGAUGCUCUUCACGCUCGACACGGGGGCCGAUUCGGACGAUGGUCUCGAAGUAGCACCACCAGCAGCAGCGCAGCAGGCUCCACAAGCCGAGGAAGGAGAGGAGGCUCCCGCGUGGGUAGACAGCGAUGACGAGCGCUUGACCGUCUCUCUCGCUGGCGCCACACGGCUCAGGAAACUCAGGACUACCGAGGCAGAGGACAUCGUCAGCGGCACCGAGUACGCAAAGCGGUUACGGCAACAAUACCUCCGCCUCUACCCCCUCCCGGAGUGGGCUAAGGACGCAACCGCGGGCCCCAAGCGGAGGAGACGCCGCUCCUCGGCCGGCUCGGACUCCCUCUCGGACUACUCCGACAUGGAGGUCGACAGCGACGGCGAGAGUAUCGAGGCACCCCUUCCUCUGGACGCCUUCCUGCGCGACGCCAACUCGUUUGCCGCCCCGACGAGCUCACGAGACGGCUCCUCCCGCAAGCGCCGCAAGUUGCGCCCGGAAACCAUCGACAUCCAGCGGACCCGCGACAUUCCCGACGCGCACAAGGCCGCCGUCUCCUCCCUGGCCUUCCACCCGCGCCGCCCCAUCCUCCUGUCCUCCAGCACCUCCUCCGUCAUGUACCUCCACCACAUCGACCCGUCCGCCCACCCGACGCCCAACCCGGCGCUGACGUCGGUCCAAGUGAAGCGCACCGACCUCCGGCGCGCGGCCUUUGUCGGCCCGGACGGCGACGAGGUCGUCUUCGCCGGCCGGCGGCGCUACUUCCACAGCUGGAACCUGGCCUCGGGCGUGGUCAACAAGGUGUCCAAGAUCCAGGGCCACCAGAAGGAGCACCGCACCAUGGAGCGGUUCCGCGCCAGCCCCUGCGGCCGGUACCUGGCGCUGGCCGCGAGCGACAAGAAGGGCGGCGGGAUGCUCAACAUCGUCAGCGUCGCCACCAUGCAGUGGGUCGCGCAGGCGCGCGUCGACGGCCGCGGCGGCGUCGCCGACUUUGCCUGGUGGAGCGACGGCCAGGGGCUGACCAUCGCCGGCAAGGACGGCCAGGUUACCGAGUGGAGCAUGGCCACCCGGCGGACCGUGGGCAUCUGGCGCGACGAGGGGUCCAUCGGCGGCACGGUGCUGGCCCUCGGCGGGCGGAACGGCCCGGCCGAGAUCGGCGGCGAUCGCUGGGUCGCCGUCGGGUCCAACAGCGGCGUGCUCAACAUCUACGACCGGAACGAGCUGGUGGUGAAGCACAAGUCGUCGUCGUCGUCGUCGACGACAGGUGCGGGUACGGGUCCGGCUGCCAACAAUAAGCAGCAGCAGCAGCAGCAGCAGCAGCAGGGUACAGGGCCCGCGGUGGAGAUCAAGAAGCUGCCGGAGCCGGCGCGCACCUUCGAGCAGCUGACGACGUCCAUCUCGGUAGUCGCCUUCGCGCCCGACGGGCAGCUGCUCGCAUUCGGCAGCUACCACAAGAAGGACGCGCUCCGGCUGGUGCACCUGCCCAGCUGCACCGUCUACCGCAACUGGCCGACCGACCAGACUCCGCUGGGCCGCAUCACGGCGGUCGCCUUCAGCCCGGCGAGCGAUCUGCUCGCGGUGGGCAACGACGUGGGCAAGAUCCGGCUAUGGGAGAUCAGGGGCUGAUUGGUGGGGAAGGGCGGGUUGCGGGUUGGGGAUUCGUGAGCCCCCCCGGGCAGAGACGCGCGGUGCAUCUAUCCGCGGGACAUUGAAGGGGGAAGGAAAAACAGAAGAGGGGGAGAAAAGGGGC